CCCCACCCACCAUCACCAACUUAAGAAGGUGAAAUACUAAAUUAGAUGAUAAUAACAAAACAGAAUUUCACAGAUACAGAAGAAAGAGAAGAGAGAGUGCUGCAGAAGAAGCAAUCUCUCUUCCUUACAUUGUUAUUUCAAAAUCCAUAAUCUAAUAAUUGAUUUGGCCAUGCCCCAUUGAUCUCUUCCUCACAUUAACAUGAAAAGUUCUCGUGUAGAUCAUUACACUGGACAACCAGGAGAUGAACGAGGUUUGGAAGGCGUGGCUACGAAUAUGAAGCUAUUGCUUAAGUUAAUUGAAGAUUACAAUGGAAGUAAAGAGAGCGAUCAACACAAGAUUCAAAGGGUGAAUGGAAUCAUGUCUAUCUUAGAUGAGACAAGGGGAAGGGUUCAAAGAUUUCAAAUGAACAAUAUGAAAACGAACCAAAUAAAGCGCGAAUUGAGAAGGAGCAACUCGGAUAUCAAGUCCAGUAGCGUUGUGAUUGCAAGAGAGAAAACCAUCACAGACGAGAAAGAAAGGAUGAGGAGAGAGCUCCAAUCAAGCUUCGUGGUAAGGCAGAGCCUUCAAGCCCUGUGUUCGAGUCUCGGGAAAGAGAAGCAGAUCAUGGCCUGCGAGCUGGCGCGAAAGGCGCAGGAGCUGGCGGAGAUGGAGGAGCUGGUGGCUGAUCUCAAAGAACAAAACGAGAUGCUCAUGAAGAAGUUGAACUCAAAUAUCAAAAUAGAUGAAGGUGGUAACCGUAACAACGUAGUGUUGCAUGAGAUGAACAGAACACUGACUCAUCAACUGCAAAUAUCACUUGAUGGAUAUAGAAGUCUCAAGAUAAAAUACAUGGAGACGCAAGAGGAGAAUCGGGAUAUUCAUGCUGAUAUGAAAGAGAUGGAGGUGCAAGUUCAAGCUGGGAUUCAGAGAUUACAAGGCUUGAAGAAGAUUGCAGAAAUGAUUGCAAAAAAUGAUAAAGAAAGAAAAGCUAUCAAAGACCAAAUUUUGGCUUUAGAGCAAUUGCUAGCCUCUCUUCACAUGAAAAUUUCCAAAUAUACGAACAAAACAUAGAACUUAUUCUUUCUUUCCAUUUAUUAAUUAGAAGUUAAGUAAUGCAAACAUUCAUAUGUGAUGUUGCAACUUUAUUAUUGGUUGCUUUAAUUUCCGGGGUGGUGCACGUUGCU